AUCGUACAUCAUACAGAAAGCAGACAGCUAACACAGUCAAGAUGUAUACACUCCCCCCUUUACCUUAUCCCUACGAUGCCCUAGAACCGGUUAUAUCAGCAGAAAUCAUGACCCUCCACCACCAGAAACAUCACCAAACAUACAUCAACAACCUCAACGCAGCCCUUUCCGCACAACAAGCCGCCAGUACCUCCAACGACAUCCCCGCACUACUCGCCCUUCAACAAAAGAUCAAAUUCAACGGUGGCGGCCACAUCAAUCACUCCCUAUUCUGGCGCAAUCUUGCACCUGCACCUUCAGCAGAAACCAACAUCGAUACUGUUGCGCCUAACGUGAAAGCCGCGGUUGAAGCUAAAUGGGGUAGUCUAGCCCAAUUCAUUGAGGACUUUAAGCAGACCCUUCUUGGGAUUCAGGGGAGUGGAUGGGGAUGGCUUGUCGUCAGACAGGGACUACCGGAGAAGAAGAUUAGGAGCUUGGAGAUUGUAACGACUAAAGAUCAGGACUCGGUCGUUACUCCGGAUAGUAGUGUUGUGCCGCUUUUUGGGGUGGAUAUGUGGGAGCAUGCGUAUUAUUUGCAGUAUCUCAAUAACAAGGCCGGAUAUGUGACUGAGAUCUGGAAGAUUAUAAACUGGAAGGUAGUCGAGGAGAGAUUCUUGCAGGGUAUUCAGGGAGAAGUCUCAUUCAAGCUAUAACUUCCUAAAUAAGAUACAUUGAGUAAGACUCGGUUGG